AAUUGAAGGGUUCCUAUAAAAAAGUUGUGUUUUUAUUUAUUUAUCUGGGUUUGUUCUGCAGAUGUUUGAUAAAUAAAAAUAAGCUUCUAUUUUUGUUGUUCUUUCGGGGGUUCUGGGUGUUCUUUCUCAAGUUUGCUGAUGGCACAACGAUCUCAUGUACCCCAGUUUGGCAAUUGGGAAGGUGAAGAGGAUGUUCCCUACACAGCUUAUUUUGACAAGGCCCGUAAGGGUCGAACCGGUGGAAAGAUUGUAAAGGCGAAUGAUUCCCAACAGAACUCCGACUCGGAUCAUGAUAAUGCAGCUCUGACUAGAGCUCCUCCGGCAUCAAAAACGAAAGCUGAACUGGAUGAACCGGUAGGACAUGGACCUGUUAGAAGGGGACAUGAGCGUGGAAGGAGCAGGGAAGAAGGUGACCUCGAACAAUAUGUAGACUCUCCCGCACGUCACUACAAUGCCAACCGCAAAGCUUCCGGGGACACUACACCUUCACGUAAUGGUUGUGAAGGCCCAAAACAAGCUACGAGACCAAGGGUUGGAUCCAAAAACAGCAUAGAUAAAUCACCACUCCACCAUGCAAGGGCUGCGGGGAUAGGUAACAUGGCAUCACCUGCAUGGGAAGGAAAGAAUUCAUGCGAUAGUAGCCAUGGCACUACCACGAGGUCCAGAAUGAGGCCAAGUACUAGAGGCGAUGUCAGUCCCGAUGAAGGUGCUGCUGUUCCGAAAUUCGGUGAUUGGGACGAGAAUAACCCGGCAUCAGCCGAUGGUUAUACUCAUAUUUUCAACAAGGUGCGAGAAGAGAGGAACAACGGGGGUAGGGUACCAGACAUGCCGGGUCAGCAAUCUCCAUACCGCACUGCUCGGAACCGGAAACCAGCUAACAGCAACGCUAAGGUAUGUUGUUCGGGAAUCUGUCCAAUGACUGUGGUUGCUACGAAUCUUAUAUGAGUU